AUGGCCUCACAAGCGAGAGCCCCCCCUCGCUACGCUCGACACUUACCAAAGGGCGUCACGGUCCCGUUCCAUUACGCCGUACUCCACACGGCGAACUCCCUUGAGUCCCGCAAGUACCUCCGCAUCACGACGGUCCAGCAACCCGCCGCGCGCUGGACCCCCUGCAUCGGGUACCCGCGCAUGGAGUCCCGGCCGUGUCAGACCUCGCACUCGCGGACCCACCUGCUAACCUGCGGCCACGUCGUCGCGAUCCGCGGCACGCAGGCCGAGCCCUGCGGCGGGAACUGCCUCGGAAUGGCGGCGGCGCUCGAGCGCGCGGAGGAUGAGCGCAUGCAGAGGAAUCGGUGCCAUAUGGCGGCGCAAAAGGGCUUGAGUCAGCAGGAUAGGGAGCAGAUGCGUAGGCGUAGGAAGACGUGGGAGGAGGUGAGGAGGAUGUCUGAAGAGGUAGUCAAGAAUUUCUCGGGCGUGUUCAGGUUGAAGGGAGAUGGUAAGGGGAAGGGUGGUGUUGUUUCCACUGUUGGCGUUGCUGGUGAUGGCGGUGGUGAUGGCGAUGCCGCUGGCGCUGCAGGAUCCACAACGACACUGACCAACGAUGCGCUCCUGAAAAUCUUCCGCGCCACAGCGCCAAAGGGGACGGCUUCGCAGAAAACUCUACUAAUGAACGACUUCGCCUGCAAGCUGUGCGGCACAAAUGGCGCCCGGAAUUCGCUGCCGGCGUAUGUGUACUGGCCGGAGAGCGCCAUCGUGAUCGAGCGCACUGAAAUGGACGCGGCCGUCAUCCGCGCCUUCGAAGACAAUCUCGGAGCCAUGGUUGCGAAGGCCGGCAGUCCUGAAUCCAGGAGGCCCCUCGCUAGGAAUGCACCGCAGGCCGCGCCUUGGGACAGCAACGCAGCGGGUGCCAGGAACAACUCUCGUGUCGGCAAUGGACAUGACGGACGUAGCACCGGGAAUGAAGAGACGCAAAGGGAUGCCCCGUUUAAAGCUCCCUCGGCUAAUAAGGAAUACCCUGCGUAUGAUUAUGAUUUUCCCUAUGCGUCUUCCUCGCGACAGGAGGCCAUGACCGCAUAUGCGGCGGCACACUACUGGUCGACCAACAACUUCAACGGAAGGGACAGAGAGCACAGGGAUAUGGACCAUAUGACUGACGCUCAGGUGCGAGAGGAGAACCGGGAGAUUGAUAUUGGGAGGAGGAAAGAGAAGACGAGGGUCUUGAGGGAGAUUCAGCGGGAGAUUGAGGAAGAGGAGCGUGGAGUUCAAGAAGAGGCUCAAGAAGAGGCUCAAGACGAGUUGGAUAAGGCCCAGGAGAAGCUUCAAGACAAAAUCCAAGACAACAUCGAAGACAAAGAGAACACCAGAAUGGCAAUAGACCUCUCAGCCACGGACCUCUUCGAUGAGGGCAAUCUUCUCGGUAACGCACCUGAGGACGAGAUUCAAGACAUGCCCGAGACGCAGGAGGAAGAAGAACACGACUACGGAGCCGUCGGCGUCCUCAUCGAUCUAUACUAG